AGGAGCACCCUCUGCCUCGGCCGCCUCUACCUUGGCCACUGAUUCAGAAGGAGCACCCUCUGCCUCGGCCGCCUCUACCUUGGCCACUGAUUCAGAAGGAGCACCCUCUGCCUCGGCCGCCUCUACCUUGGCCACUGAUUCAGAAGGAGCACCCUCUGCCUCGGCUGCCUCUACCUCGGCCGCCACUGAAACUGCGGGAUCAACCACUGCUCCCACACCCCCAUCAACUUCUGUAUCUAUGGACGCUGAUGUGGAAAGUUUGCAUUCCGCACAAUGGGUAAAUGCUGGGACUCCAGAGGUAUUUUAUAGAAGGUCACGUUUGGAACAACCAAACAGGAAUUCAUUCAAUGACUUUUUAAUUGAUGAUUCUGAUGAGGAGGAAGAGGGCGAGGACGAGGCUUUUGGGACUUUGGAAAGUUAUGUCUUUCCCGUGGAAGAAGUGGAUCUGGCCGUCCUUUUAAGUGACUUCAGAAAGGAAUUCGUUUCUGAUGGCCUAGUCAGUAAUAUCUGCAUCAGGAGGAAGAAACUUCUUGAGAGUGCAAUAAAAGCCAUCUCAAGGGUUACAUUCUGCUGGAACAAUUCCCCCUACAUAGAAUUUGUAGGAGAAGAUGGAGAUGACAUGGGUGGACCACAGAGAGAGUUUUUCAGACUCUUGAUGAUAGAAGUACAAACAACCAUGGGAAUAUUCGAGGGAAAGGCUGGUCAGGUCUUCCUUACCUAUGACCAAGCGGCAUUAGAUGGCCACAAGUAUUUCCAAGCAGGCCGCCUAAUUGCGUGGUCAGUGGCACACGGAGGUCCGUGUAUCAAAGCCCUGGAUCCCAGCCUGUACCAGCUGAUGUGCGGCCAGGAGGCUCAACUGGAGCAAUUUGACUGCAGUGUGCUGCCUGAUCCGGAUGUUCAAAGCAGAGCAAAAAGGAUCCUACAGUGCAAGACUGCAGAGGACCUGUCUGCCCUCCAGCAAGACUUGGGGGACUGGAUCUCUGAGUGUGGCAUCCCUGGCAUCUUCAGUGCCACUAUCGGAGACAUUCCGAAGAUUUAUUCCUAUGUAGUUAAGCACUACAUAUUUCUCAGGUAA